AUGUUCCUUAGAAGGCUGUCUCUGAGAUCGCCUUAUCCGGUCCUGGUGUUUUCCUCUGUUUCGACUCGUUUCGUACCGCGAGGUUGCUUCCCUCUUCCCAGCGUCUUCAGCUCCUCGCCGUUCCCACCCCCACACGCGGUCGCCAUGUCCACGUCAACAGCCACGUCGAGUCCGCCUUCCAACGCCACCGCAUGGGUUCCGGGCAAGUUCCCGCCCGUUCGUCGCGACGAGGACUUUACCGAGACGUUCAAGUCCAAAACCCGUGGGGAAGUCAAAGUCGCCGAUCCAUACCAUUGGUUGCACGAUCCCGAUUCCGACGAGACGAAAGCCUUCGUUAAGGCGCAGGGCGAGUUUGCGUCGCAGUACCUCGCCAAGUUUGAGGAUGCCGACAAGUUCAAAAAGGCGCUGACCACCAACUGGGACUAUCCAAAGUGUACGUGCUCCUCUUCCCCCUUCUCCUAUCGGGGUUGCGCAUGCGAUCGUCGUCCGUGGACGCGCUCGUCAGCUAAUACGUCCCCUUGAUCUGCCGAUCGGCUUUCCCCACUCACCCCGAAUAGUUUCAUGCCCCGCCCUCAAAGGCGACGGAAAUUACUACUUCUCCUACAAUCAAGGCCUUCAACCGCAAGCGAGCGUGUACCGCUUCUCCAAGGCCGAUGCCGGCAAGCCCAUCGAGGAAGGCAAGCCCGGAGGCGAGCUCUUUUUCGAUGUGAGCACUCUGCUGCCGGCUCGGAACCGUUUCAAAAAAGCUGCUAGGCUGACUCGUCGCAUCGUAUCUUGUAGGUUUCCCUGCUGAGCGAAGAUGGCUCCGUCUCCAAGGCAACCUCUUCCUUCUCGGACGAUGGCAAGUACUGGGCCUACGCCUUGUCCCGUUCCGGAUCCGAUUGGACGACGUGCUACGUUCGCCCGACCUCGGCUCCCCACUCUCCCAACCAGCCCGUCGGCACUGACCAAGGGCGUCUGGAGACCGACAUUCUGCGCUACCUCAAGUUCUCCUCGAUCGGUUGGACCCAUGACUCCAAGGGCUUCUUCUAUCAGCGAUUGCCCGCCCGAUCAGAGCAUGGCAAGGACACUGACGACAAAGCAGGGACUGAGACGGACAAGGACCUGAACGCGAUGCUAUACUACCACCGCGUCGGCACCACUCAGGAACAUGAUGUGCUGGUGCACAAGGAUGAUGAGCAUCCCGAAUGGAUGUUCAGCGCGGGCAACACCGAUGACGGUCGCUACGUCGUGCUCAGUGCCUCCAAGGAUACAGCUCGGUCCAACCUGCUCUGGAUUGCGGAUCUGCAAGAAUCCGAGAUUGGGUCCAGUAUGAAGUGGAACAAGGUCAUCAACGAAUGGGGCACAUACUGGACCGAUCUUGGCAACGACGGCUCGUUGUUCUAUUUUUACACCAACGCCGGCGACUCCCCCAACUACAAGAUCGUGACGUACGAUCUGGAGAAGCCGGAACAAGGCUUCAAGGACCUGAUCCCGCACCGCCAAAAUGCGCUCCUUUCGAACGCCCAAAUUGUGGCCGAAGACAAGCUAUUGCUGCUCUAUUCGAUCGACGUCAAGGACGAGUUGUGGUUGCACGAACUCAAAGCCGGCACUAAAGUCAAACGCAUUGGCGAAGGACUAAUUGGCUCGAUCGACCAAAUCACCGGUCGAAGAGAGGAUCGCGAGUUCUGGUUCUCGAUGACGUCGUUCACCAGCCCUGGCACAGUUUAUCGCUAUGAGUUUGAUGCCAAGGAGGGCGAGGAGCAAAGCAUCUACCGUGCCGCUACGGUCAAGGGAAUCAACCCCGAUGACUUCAUGUCAGAGCAAGGUAAACCCCAGAGACCGGCGAUGUACCGUGGUUUCUUCCAGUGCUGACCCCGUUGCGUGACCCCGUUGCGUGUACUCCAGUGUUCUACAAAUCCAAGGACGGGACCAAAAUCCCGAUGUUUGUGACUCGCCCUGCUGAUGUCAAGCAGGACGGCACAGCUCCCGCCAUUCUCUGUGAGUUCUCCGCCAAGCUCUCCGCAACAGCCCGCUUUUGCUGACCUCGGGUGUUUUGAAUAGACGGCUAUGGCGGAUUCUCCAUCUCGUUGGGCCCCUUCUUCUCUCCCUCCCUGCUCACGUGGAUCUCGCACUAUGGCGGUGUCUUGGCCGUGGCCAACAUUCGUGGCGGUGGAGAAUACGGCGAGGACUGGCAUAUCGCGGGCAUAAAGGAACAAAAGCAAAACGUCUUUGACGAUUUCCAGUACGCGGCCAAGUACCUCAUUUCAGAGAACUACGCCGCCAAGGACAAGGUCGCCAUCUCUGGCGGAUCGAAUGGUGGUCUGCUCGUAGCGGCAUGUGUCAACCAAGCACCGGAAUUGUUCGGAGCCGCUGUCGCCGACGUGGGCGUGCUGGACAUGCUGCGCUUCCAUCGCUUCACGAUUGGUCGGGCUUGGACAAGCGACUAUGGAUGCGCGGAUGAACCCGAGGAUUUCGACUACCUGAUCAAGUGAGCAAUGGCUAUGCUCUGCGCGUCUGCUUACUAAGACUAAGCCCCUUUCUUGGACAAAUCGACAGGUACUCGCCUCUGCACACGGUUGAUGCGACCAAGACAUACCCGCCGCUAAUGCUUCUCACAGCGGACCAUGAUGACCGUGUUGUCCCCUUGCAUUCCUUCAAGCUCGCAGCUGAGCUUCAGCACUCGCUCCCUAACAAUCCCAAUCCUUUGCUCCUUCGAGUCGAUACCAAAUCGGGUCACGGCGCGGGCAAAUCGACCGACAAGAAGAUCAUCGAAGCGGUGGAUCGGUAUGGGUUCGUCUCGCAGGCAAUGGGCCUCAAGUGGAGGGAGUAA